AUGAGCUUCGGCGCCGAGCCUCCCGGCCCGCCCCGGGACCGGCUGGACAUGGCCUCGUACUGCGACGGCUCCGGGGUCUGCCCCGGCGCGCACAGCCAGGCCCGGGCCGCCGCGCCCCCGGCGCCCUACGCGCGCGGGGACCUGGGCGCCCCCGGCGGGGCGCAGCGCCUGUGGCUGGACGCGCCCGCUCUGGGCCCCGCGCCCUGCGCGCCCUGCCCGGGGGCGCCGCCCCUCGCCGGCCCUGGCUACGCGGCCCCGGGCGCGCUCCUCGGCGCCCCGGGCGGCCUGGCGGGCGCCGACCUGGCCUGGCUGAGCCUGUCGGGCCCGCAGGAGCUGCUGCGCCUGGUGCGGCCGCCCUACUCGUACUCGGCGCUCAUCGCCAUGGCCAUCCAGAGCGCGCCGCGGCGCAGGCUGACGCUCAGCCAGAUCUACCAGUACGUGGCCGGCAACUUCCCCUUCUACAAGCGCAGCAAGGCCGGCUGGCAGAACUCCAUCCGCCACAACCUGUCGCUCAACGACUGCUUCAAGAAGGUGCCCCGCGAGGAGGACGACCCAGGUAAAGGCAACUACUGGACCCUAGACCCCAACUGCGAGAAGAUGUUCGACAACGGGAAUUUCCGACGGAAGAGGAAGAAGAGAGGAGAGGUGGGCGCCGCCGGGUCGGGAGCGCGGAGCCCCGGGGGAGCCAGGGCGCCCGAGCUGCAGCCCCUGGGCGCCCCCUCCCCGGACCCGCGGGCCCCGCCGUCCCCGCCCGACGCCGCCUGCUUCUCCAGCUUCGCCUCGGCCAUGGGGGCCCUGGCUGGCGGCCUCGGCAGCUUCUCCGCAGGCCUGGCCGGAGACUUCUCCUUCGGGAGACCCCCGGCCCCCGGCCCCGCCCCCGGCCUCGGCGCCGGCCCGCAGGCAGCGGCCGCCGGCUUCCGCCUGGGCCCCUUGGUCUACAGUCGGGAGGGGACCGAAGUCUGA